AUGCUCAGGGCAGCCGAGGGGCCUCACGGCGCCAUCGCCUGGGUCAGGCCCAGCUGUUCCACCCGGAGGAGUGCCUCCAGCAAAAGGCCACCCGAGGCCCCUGACGACCGCUUCUGCGGCCCCCUCCCUUGCCUGGGAGCGCUGCACUGCCCUCUCGCCCUGGGAGGGGGUCUGAGAGGCUGCCCGCCCUGCCUCCUGCGGCUGUGGCUGCUGGCCCGCCUGAAUCCCCCGCCCGCCCCGAGAGUCCCCGCAGCCUGGCCCUCCCCACGGCCGGUCCGGCCUGCCAGGUCUCCUCACCCCCUGCCUCCCGCCCCAGGCCGCAAGUUCUUGAUCGCCAAUGCCCAGAUGGAGAACUGCGCCAUCAUUUACUGCAACGACGGCUUCUGUGAGCUCUUUGGCUACUCCCGAGUGGAGGUGAUGCAGCGGCCAUGCACCUGCGACUUCCUCACGGGUCCCAACACCCCCAGCAGCGCCGUGUCCCGCCUGGCACAGGCCUUGCUGGGGGCCGAGGAGUGCAAGGUGGACAUCCUCUACUACCGCAAGGAUGCCUCCAGCUUCCGCUGCCUGGUGGACGUGGUGCCCGUGAAAAACGAGGACGGGGCCGUCAUCAUGUUCAUCCUCAACUUCGAGGACCUGGCCCAGGUCCUGGCCAAGAGCAGCAGCCGCGGCCUGACCCGCCGCCUGCUGCCGCAGAGCUUCCUGGGCUCAGAGGGCUCCCGCGGCCGGUCCAGCGGCCCGGGGCCGGACCCGAGCAGGGGCAAGUACAGGACCGUCAGCCAGAUCCCACAGUUCACGCUCAACUUCGUGGAGUUCAACCUGGAAAAGCACCGCUCCAGCUCCACCACGGAGAUCGAGAUCAUCGCGCCGCACAAGGUGGUGGAGCGGACGCAGAACGUCACUGAGAAGGUCACCCAGGUGCGGGCCUGCCUCCUGCCUGUCCAGCCCCGGCCACAGUUGCUGCUGGAACCUGGUGUGGGAGACCACAUAGCCCUUCCUGGACACGGGAACCUGGUGGCGGGGGGGAGUGCGGGCCUUAAGGUGCAGGGCGAUGGCCAACAGAGUCCAGGGGAGGGCCGCCCCACGGCCCUUUCCCCGCCCCUCCAGACCACCACCCUGAUCGGGCUGCUGAAGACCGCACGGCUGCUGCGACUGGUGCGCGUGGCACGGAAGCUGGACCGCUACUCGGAGUACGGGGCGGCCGUGCUCUUCCUGCUCAUGUGCACCUUUGCGCUCAUCGCACACUGGCUGGCCUGCAUCUGGUACGCCAUCGGCAACGUGGAGCGGCCCUACCUGGAGCCCAAGAUCGGCUGGCUGGACAGCCUGGGUGAGCAGCUCGGCAAGCGCUACAACGACAGCGACCCGGCCUCGGGCCCCUCGGUGCAGGACAAGUACGUCACCGCGCUGUACUUCACCUUCAGCAGCCUCACCAGCGUGGGCUUCGGCAACGUGUCGCCCAACACCAACUCCGAGAAGGUCUUCUCCAUCUGCGUCAUGCUCAUCGGCUGUGAGUGA